GCGUGCGCGCGUCUCGGGUUCGCUCUGAGGGAAGGAGGGAGCUGGCGGGCGGUGCCGGUGAGCAAGAGACCGAGAACGGCUGAGGCGGUGAGUUCGGCUGGGCCCCUGCCCCGCGCGGUGGCGGGUCGCCGCCUCAUCCGCUUGGGGUAGAGCCACUGCUUAGCGUCUUGCCAGGCAAAAACAGCCAAGGAGGGAGCAUGGAGUGAGCCCGCGGCACUUGUGCCCCGCAGCGGUUUUGCCCCGCGGCGGGGCAGGAGGGCCCCAGAGGGUGCAGUAUCAUGGUUAUGAAAGCGACAGUAGAAGAUGAUGAUUCAGGAUGGGAACUUGGUAUGCCUGACAAGAUGGAAAAGAGUAAUACAAGCUGGGUAGAUAUAACACAGGAUUUUGAAGAAGCUUGUAGAGAACUGAAAUUAGGAGAACUGCUUCAUGACAAGCUGUUUGGUCUUUUUGAAGCCAUGUCUGCCAUAGAAAUGAUGGAUCCCAAGAUGGAUGCUGGUAUGAUUGGAAACCAAGUGAAUAGGAAGGUUCUUAACUUUGAGCAAGCUAUUAAGGAUGGCACCAUUAAAAUAAAGGAUCUCACUUCACCUGAGCUGAUAGGAAUAAUGGAUACAUGUUUUUGCUGUUUGAUAACCUGGUUAGAGGGACAUUCCUUGGCACAGACAGUAUUCACUUGCCUUUAUAUUCAUAAUCCAGACUUCAUAGAAGAUCCUGCUAUGAAGGCUUUUGCUCUAGGAAUCCUAAAAAUCUGUGACAUUGCCAGAGAAAAAGUUAACAAAGCAGCUGUUUUUGAGGAGGAAGAUUUUCAGUCAAUGACUUACGGAUUUAAAAUGGCCAACAGUGUAACAGAUCUUAGAGUUACAGGUAUGCUAAAAGAUGUAGAAGAUGACAUGCAAAGACGAGUGAAGAGCACUCGAAGUCGACAAGGAGAAGAGAGAGAUCCAGAAGUUGAACUUGAACAUCAACAGUGCUUAGCUGUGUUCAGCAGAGUCAAAUUUACCCGGGUACUACUGACUGUUCUAAUAGCAUUUACCAAAAAAGAGACUAGUGCAGUUGCAGAAGCUCAGAAACUAAUGACUCAGGCAGCAGACUUGCUUUCUGCCAUCCAGAAUUCAUUGCAUCAUGGUAUCCAGGCACAGAAUGAUACCACUAAAGGAGAUCAUCCUAUUAUGAUGGGCUUUGAGCCCCUUGUUAAUCAGAGACUGCUGCCACCUACUUUCCCGCGAUAUGCAAAAAUAAUUAAAAGGGAAGAAAUGGUCCACUAUUUCUCCAAACUAAUAGACCGAAUAAAAGCUGUAUGUGAAGUAGUCAACCUGACUAAUUUGCACUGUAUACUGGACUUUUUCUGUGAGUUCAGUGAGCAAUCACCAUGUGUUCUUUCAAGAUCCUUGUUACAGACAACUUUUCUGGUGGAUAACAAGAAGGUGUUUGGCACACAUCUCAUGCAAGACAUGGUAAAAGAUGCUUUAAGAUCUUUUGUCAGUCCUCCAGUACUUUCUCCAAAGUGUUGUCUUUAUAAUAAUCACCAGGCGAAGGACUACAUUGAUUCCUUUGUGGCACAUUGCGUUCGGCCAUUCUGUAGUCUGAUUCAAAUCCAUGGACACAAUAGAGCUCGUCAGAGAGAUAAACUAGGUCACAUUCUUGAGGAAUUUGCUACCCUUCAGGAUGAGGCAGAGAAAGUAGAUGCAGCACUUCAUAGUAUGCUAUUGAAGCAGGAACCACAAAGGCAGCAUUUGGCUUGCUUGGGCACCUGGGUCCUAUAUCAUAACCUUCGUAUUAUGAUACAGUAUCUUCUGAGUGGCUUUGAAUUGGAACUUUACAGUAUGCAUGAAUAUUACUACAUAUAUUGGUAUCUAUCAGAGUUCCUCUAUGCAUGGUUGAUGUCAACACUGAGCCGCGCUGAUAGCUCUCAAAUGGCAGAGGAGAGAAUAAUGGAGGAACAACAGAAAGGCCGUAGUAGUAAGAAAACAAAGAAGAAGAAAAAAGUUCGCCCUCUCAGCAGAGAGAUCACCAUGAGUCAAGCAUACCAAAAUAUGUGUGCCGGGAUGUACAAGACAAUGAUUGCAUUUGACAUGGAUGGCAAAGUAAGGAAACCUAAGUUUGAACUAGAUAGUGAACAAGUUCGAUAUGAACACAGGUUUGCUCCAUUCAACAGUGUUAUAACACCGCCACCGGUCCACUACUUGCAGUUCAAAGAAAUGUCUGAUUUAAAUAAGUACAGCCCACCUCCUCAGUCAUCGGAUCUCUACAUGGCAGCUAGCAAACACUUCCAGCAAGCUAAAAUGAUUCUUGAGAAUAUUCCUAAUCCAGACUAUGAGGUCAAUAGAAUCCUGAAAGUUGCUAAACCCAAUAUUGUGGUCAUGAAGCUGCUGGCAGGAGGCCACAAAAAGGACUCCAAGGUUCCUCCCGAAUUUGACUUCUCCCCUCAUAAAUAUUUUCCUGUUGUGAAGCUUGUUUGAAAGACAAGGGAGUAGGAUACCUACUACAGAGAGUAGGACAUCUGAGCAUAAUCUAUGUAUCAGUUAACAUCUGCAAGAUGAAAUUAUCUAGUACCGUACCCAGACUGAGGGGGAUCUCCAGGAUAGAAGUACUUUUACAUGGAAUAUCUAUACUCAUCUGUUAUGUGUUAUCUAUCGGAAUUACAACUGCUGUUUAAAGUGGUUUGUAUGAAGUUUUAUAGGUGAAGCUGAUUUUAAUCAAAUGCAUUGUUGAAGAAUGUUAUAUUGAUUACAGAUUUAUUCUUUUUCAUUUUUUGAGCACUGACAAAGUGGUUGUUUAGGAAUUUAGUAACAUUUGGGACAGAGUAAAAAUAAUGCAGUAGAGCCUCAUGUCUAAUAGGAACAGCAGAGUUACUGAAAUUCUGCUUUGAACCAAACCACUUGGAGAGAUUGUGAGGUUCCAUUAUUUUUGCUAAAUUGCAUCAAAUUGUCUCACUUUGCAAGUAGGAAGACUGGGUUCUUUUCUUGCAAAGUCCUUUAAGCUAAAACAAACUAUAGAAAUUAAGAGCAGACAAAACCUAAUAAUUUAGCUUGUACUGUGCUGAAUUCAGUAAUUUUUGUUUUACUGGAGUAAACUGUGUAGGAGGUAUAUUGUCUCAAAUGUAGAAGUUGUACUUGAAGACAGUGAGAAAUGGAGUAAGUCACUCCUAGUUGCAGUUUGUUCCUUUGACUUUAAUUGUAAUGGUACUGAUGAAUCUGCAUAGCUGAACACUGUGAUAGUCACUAGCAACAUAGGAACACAAGACAUGAGGACCGUAUUUUUACUACUCUGUGAUUAUUUUGUUUUUUGUAAUCCUUCUGUUACUUUGUCAUUGCGAAAGAGGAACUGCUGAUUUGUUCCAUUGCUCAGUCAGGUCUUGCAUGACCUUCAUUUUCUUGCUCUGACUGCAAUGCUGCUGCUGGAUCCUACUGCCUUCUGUAAUGGUUGGUAUAGGUAGAAAUCCCAAACAAGAAGAGCCCCAAACCUACCCUUUUCUUCCUGGAACAGGUCAUUCUCCUGUGUGAAAUAAUGAAGGCAAGGUUUUGUGCUGAGCAACCUUCUGCUACAAGAGGAAAAAAAUAAAAACUUUAAAAAGCUGA